CGGGCAGUUUCGACUUCUUCCGAGUUCGGAGAGGCGAGGUGGAGGGGUCGGGAGGGGAGGAGGCGUGAGCGCGAGGAAAGUGGAGAUGGCGAGGCUUCCGAUCUAGAUUACCCCGGUUGCCGAGUCGAGAAUCUAAUUCGGUUACACCCAACGCCUCAGAUCGGAUUCCAACCCCCCAAUUCGGUCCACUCGCUUUCCCCCAAAUCGAUCGUCUUUGGGGAUUUUGUGUUUUUUUUGGGCCACCGAUCGGAUCGGGCUGAGUUGAGUUGAUCGGGGAGCGAUGCGAAUCGAGGAGCUUCCGGGUGAUUCCGGUGGAGGAGGUGGGGGAGAGGGUGGGGAGGAGCUUCCGCAGCUGCGUCGCGGGGAUUGCGGCGCGGCGGCGGGGGAGGGUGGGGUGGUGAUGCGGGUGGCCGUCGACGCGAAGCGCGCGGCAGUGGGCGUCGGCGCGCGGAUGCUGUUCUACCCGACGCUUUGCUACAACGUCGUGAGGAAUCGGCUCGAGUCGCACUUCCACUGGUGGGAUCAGGUCGACGAGCAUGUUCUGCUAGGCGCUGUUCCAUUCCCUAGCGAUGUUCUCCGGCUAAAGGAGCUUGGAGUUUCUGGUGUGGUAACAUUGAAUGAAUCAUACGAGAGGCUUGUUCCUAGAUCACUGUACGAGGCUCAUGGAAUCGAAAACCUGGUGCUACCAACGCGGGAUUAUCUUUAUGCACCUUCUUUUGUUAACCUUUGUGAAGCCACUGAUUUCAUCCACAGAAAUGCUUUAUCUGGGAAAUUGACUUACGUCCACUGCAAAGCUGGUCGUGGACGUAGCACUACGGUUGUUAUUUGCUACUUGGUGCAAUAUAAAAAUAUGACUCCUGCUGAAGCUUAUGAACAUGUCCGCUUGCGUCGGCCUAGGGUGUUAUUAGCUUCUGCACAGUGGCAAGCCGUGCAAGAAUUCUACCAACUUAGAGUGAAGAAAACUGGGAGGUCUACUUGCCUCGACAAUCCUAUCAUCAAGCCACCCUUGUUCCUUGCAACUCGCAACCUUGUUGCCUUUGAUGACAGCGCAUUUGUGAUGGUCUCAGAAUCAGACCUAGAAGGGUAUAAUGCCGAUGCGUUGGCACUUAACAUGGGCAGUGGAUUGUGGGAGAUAAGCCUAAUAUACCGUGCGCAGUUUGCUAGCAAGGCAGCUUUUGCUGGUUUUUCGUACCUGUGGCUGCGAUGUCGCGCCUGCAAGGAGGCUCUACCUGAGAAUGUGGCGAGAGAGACCUGCUCUCUUGAGGCAGAGCAGAUUGCAACUGGACAUCCUUGUCUACUGCAAGGUGUCGUGGUUAAUCCAUGAUUGUCCGAGUUCUCUUGUGUUUUUGCCUUUCGCCUGUACAUAUUAUUAACGAGAAAGAUAUGCAAUGUGGGUCCUUAACUCGUGUCUGCAGCAACCAAAGAGUGAAGUUGCUCGGGUUUGUAUAUAUAAUAUCAUGUAAUAAGUUGACUGCUACGUGUAUAUUAUGUUAAAUGAAAGGCGUCUCAACUUGCUGACCAAA